AUGGAGCUGAUCAUGUGUAAGGAGAAACGAUACCUGACUCCGAGGGAGCCCGUGCAGCGUGCGCCCUCCUCGGGACCCCUCCCCAGCGAUCGGACCGUCCAAACCCUCACAGCCGGGGCAGCUCCCUCAGCCUCGGCCGCCCGCUCCCCGCCACCGGGCCAACCACGACUCUGCCCGGCCCGUUCCCCACUCACCCUGCCCGGCCGCCGCCGCCGCCUCCCCGCGGAAACUCGCGGCUUCCCGGGGGCCGCCGAGCCAGUGACAGCCGCAUCACUUCCGCCCGCGCCGCGGCCAAUCGGCGGCCGGUCCCCGCCCGAGCCCUCAGGCUCCCGGGCGCGCAGGGCGGCCUGGCCGGGGGAGACGGGGCGGCCCCCGGGCCGCUUCUCCCGGCGCCUCGCACACCCCGCCCCUCCGCAGGCGGGCUGCUCUGUCCACGGCGCCCGCGGUAGAGGGCAUGUCGGUCCCGACCUUCCCCAAGCACCUCGCGGCCAUUCUCGCCCGGAGGCCACUGCGCCCGACCCUCCCCGUCAGCCGGGCCGCCCCGGGAGAGCCGCGCCCCUCAGCCGGGCCGCGGUCCUCCGCCGCAGCCGCGAGCCGCCAGAGGGCGCCGUCGGGGGCGGCAGGACGCCGCCGCCGCCGCCGCCUCGCCUCCUCCCGGGGUCCCGGGCCGCGCCCCCUCCGCUCGCGCCGCCGGAAGUGGGAGGUGCGGCGCGCGCGGGCCGGCGCCGGACCCCUCCCCCCGUGCUCGGCCGCCCCCUCCCCCCGCCCCGGCCGCUCAGCGGACCCCUCGGCUCCAACCCGCCGGCCGAGCUCCCUCCUGCACCCCCCAGCCCCGGUGUGACCAUGAACCUGCGGGUCUGA